AUGACAGAUUCUUCAUCGACGAGCAGUGAAGAAAGACGAGAAGAUGAACAGAAGAGCGCAAUUUUGGACGAGUUACCUCCCGAACUUUUACGGUUCGGCUUGUUUAUUGCAAAAGCAUUUUAUGGACGUGAACAUUACGUAGUACUCGAUUACAUACAAAAGAGAACCUGCUAUAAAGAGGAUGACCUUCGACAAAUCACCAAAUUUGAUCAACGUAUGCUGCGUGGAGUUCUCAUUCAACUAAAAGUCGAUAAAAUUUUGAAAGAGCGUAUUCUAACUGAAGAGAAUGAGUCACGUCCGCGAAAAGUGAUUUAUUAUUAUAUUAACUAUCGAGCACUCUUGAAUGUUGCAAAAUAUAAAAUCGACCAUAUGAGACAGCGCCUUGAAGUGAAAGAUAAAGACGAAGUUCAUAAAGCAUCAUACCGUUGUAGUGGAUGUGCUCAACAUUAUGAUGUUAUGGAGAUCGAUAAAAUAUUCGAUCCGUUCACGCAAGAAAUGAGAUGUUGGAGGUGUCAGCAGCUCGUGGAACCUGACGAGACAGCUGGUCCAACUGAUGAAACAAGGUCUUCGUUGGCGCGUUUCAACGAUCAAAUGGCACCGUUAUUUGCCAUGAUCCAAAGUCUUGAUAGAAUACGUUUAGCACCGCAUUUAUUAGAACCUCCGAUCAAACUGGAAACUGCACCUGAUGAAAGUGAUAUGUCCAGAAAAGUGCUACAUAUGGGUGCACGAGCCUUCCAAGGCAAUCAGCUGAUGUCACGUUCGACGAUGUACCAGAACGGUAUUACAGAGACGAACAGAACAAAACAAGAAGAAACUAGCGUAGAGGCACGUUCAGAUUCGGUGACCGCGAACACGUCGGCGGGUCGUACAACACCAUCUACGUCGAGCAAUAAUAGCGGCACAUCGGUGACCCGAUCAUCAUCUUCCAGUUCAGGAUCUUCAUCGAAUUCAACAGUAGCCAGCAGAACGCCAUCGAGCUCAAGCUCAAAAACGAUGACAACGACAACAACAACAACGACACUGAGUGAAGAAGACAGUUUGAGUGCAUCAUCAACAGGUUAUAAUGUUGAGGCGAAACGUGCGAAGCUGGAUGAUAUAUCUGCAAGUGACACAUUGCUCAAUGGUAAAAUGGAUACAACAGAGAAAUUGAAUAUGUCGGAUGAUAUCAGUGAUGCAGAUAGGACGCUUAUUGCGGACAAGAAUGAAGCGGAUUCAAUUGGUGACGAAGAAGAGGAUGAUACCGAUAAUGAUAAUGUCGAUGAUGAAGAGGAAGAAGAAGAAGAUACAGUGCUGACUGUCGGUGGUAAAGAGUAUUAUUUAGACGAGAUUAAUGCUGAUUUGGUGAAGCAAAUGACUGCUGCAGAACGUAAUUUGUACAUUCAUAUAAUGCGAGAAAAAUUUGAUUUUUAA